CCUUGGACUUUGCUGCCGGAGGGCUCGCAUGCCAUGUGCAAUCUUUAGGUCUAUUUCUCGAAAGUGAUCAACAAUGGGCCUUUUGCGUAUCAGAAAGCAGGCAGCUCGAGCCCUCAAGAAAAAUGAGCGGCGCAACAUUUUUUUCUCAGCCUUGGGGCUUGGCCUCGCCGUUGGCCUUUUAGUCCUGAUCCAGGACACGGCUGAAAAGUCCAGCAAAGCAGGUUUGCCUGCACCACGGAGGCUGAAUUCAACUACAGACGAAGCAACGAAUUUCUAUCCUCCGGAUCCGCUCGUGGGGUCCGCAACCGACUACGAGGGUGACAGCUACUUCAACAUGCCGACAGAACGCAAAUUCCUUGCUGUCUUUCACGUGCUUGGUAUGGCAUAUAUGGUGCUUGGAUUGAACACGGUUUGCGACGUUUACUUCGCGGGAUCUAUCGAUCUCUUAUGCGAUGCUUGGAACCUGACACCGGACGUAGCGGGAGCCACCUGGAUGGCAGCUGGCGGAUCAGCGCCGGAAUUCUUCACAUCCCUCGUUGGUGCAACCAUCGCCCAAAAUGACGUUGGAUUCGGCACCAUCGUUGGGUCUGCAGUCUUCAAUGUGCUCUUUGUCAUUGGAUUGUGCGGGUAUGUUGCCAAAGGCAACAUCGACCUGACUUGGUGGCCACUCUUCAGAGAUUGCUCCUAUUACAUCACCUCUUUGGCAGUUUUGGCUGCUUUUGUCUCGGACCAGAUUGUAGAAGCUUGGGAGGCUGGUGUGCUAUUUGCGAUGUACAUUUGCUAUGUCCUCUUCAUGCUCGUGAAUCGGCCAUUGAACGUGUGGGCGUAUGAACUUACAGGAACUCCCUUGAACAAGGAGCUGAGGGAGUACGUCCAGGAGAAGCGUGCUGCAAGCGGAAAGGUUGAGCCAGAGAAUGUGGCCGCUGAAACUGCACCUGAAGAUGGUGCUAUGAAAAAGCCAGAUGAGCCUCCAAAGCCAGCCAAGGACAACUUUAUGGAGCCUGACAAGGUCGUGGUUCAAAGUGCCCCUGAUGAAGAUGAGGAAGACCAUGAACCUGAAGACUUGGCCGAGGGGAAGCUUGCAGACAAGAUUCCUGGUAAGGAUGACAGCAAGGGUGCCUCAAUGGAAGACGUGGAAGAUGAAGAUGAUGACGAAGAGGAUGACGAGCCAGACGAUUUCAUGGAACGACCAGAGGGCACUGUCAGUUUGAUCAUUUGGGCCCUGUGCCUCCCGGUGUACAUUCCCCUCUACUACACCCUGCCUUGGCCCCGCAAGGGACAGAAGUUGUAUAUGGUCUCCUUUGGUCUUUCUUUGCUUUGGAUCGGAAGUUUCGCUUUCCUUCUGGUUUGGUGGACUGAAAUUGUAGCUUCGAUUAUAGGGGUCCCAACAAUCAUCUCCGGGUUAACCUUCCUUGCGGCCGCAACCUCCAUUCCGGACGCAGUCAGCUCAAUGGCUGUGGCCCGCAAAGGUCAAGCUGAUAUGGCCGUGAGCUCAUCAGUCGGAUCCAACAUCUUCGACAUCCUUGUUGGCCUCCCAGUCCCAUGGUUGAUCAAGCAUGCGAUCGAGUCCGGCAACAAUUUUAUAGGUGUGCCAAUUCGGUCUCCGUACUUGAUGUUCUACACAUGCCUCCUCCUGGGAAUGGUGUUUGGAACCGUGGUCAGCAUCAUGUUGAGUGGAUGGAAGUUGAACAAGUUCCUUGGUGGUUGCAUGGCUGUCCUCUAUGUCAUCUUCAUCGUCACCUGCGUGCUCAUUGAAGAACUUCAGCCUGCUGGCUUGAAGACCAAUGACUAGAUCGGCUUUGCUCGUCAGUGCCGACUACCAGAAACAAUGAAUAACAAUGGGCUGGCUUCUGUCAGCCGUGAGAGCGUUCAACUGAGCCUUUACCAUCCUUUACAGGCCCCGUGCUGGCUCGCAAGUUGAGGCUCUAGUGACCUCACUUUAGCUGAAUGCUACCGCAUUGUUGUAGUGCUUCCACAUCGGAGACAUUGGAGUUGCGGC